AUGGCCUCCGUGAACCAAUCGAUCGAGAGCAACACGAGUAGCCUGCAGCGCUCUGGGCUAAGCAUGAGUGUGGGGGACACAAAGUCCAUUGUUCUUGCACUCCAGGCCCUGCAAGACAAGAUACGCCGCCUGGAACAAGACCGCAAUCACCAUCAGGAUCAGUACGAAAGAGCCCUCCAGGCACACGAGGCCUACAAACAGGACAUGGAGCAUCAGCUGGAGCGGGAACGUACACAUCAUCGGCAACGUGAAAAAGACUUGCAGGAGAUGGUGCAGCGGGCCACCACGGAGAAAACAAAGCUGCAAAAUACUUUGGAAGAAAGUCGGAAAGACUUGGGGACGUUUCGAACGGAACUAGAGGAGAUGCUUAUUAAGGAGUGUGACGCUGCACAAAAGCGUGAAAAUGCGUUGGCCAGCGAGGUAGACAAAUUGCGUCAAGAGUUAGAGGAGCAACAAAAAAGAUACCGUGCGCUUCUUUCAUCAAUUGAAGAACUCCGGGCCGAGAAGGAGGCGGCACUCGACACCAACCAUCACUUAGAGCAAGCAAUACAGGAGCUUAUGCGGAUUCAAUCGGGGCGUGGGGUAAACCGGACACUUUUACGAAGUGGUGACACUAGCCGGCUGACGGCAGAAGGAGGCAAACGUCGUAGUCGUCGUGGAAGAACUCACAGCAGCGCUGCGGUGAACCUAGCGAAUCGAACUGGUUACUCGCGCCGAAUUUUUGAGCCUCAUCAAAUGGAUAGCCGCCCAACGUCCAUUGUUCGUUCCAGCAGUGCUCGGCACACGUACCGUGACCCGACAUAUUCCUCUAUCCAGCGCGAUGUUCGCAAGGAGAACGGAACCCAAGUAGUCGAUAACAGCUUUGCUGGUGAAGUUGCAAGGCCGGUCUCGUAUGCGACGGAAUCGGCGGCGCGGACGCAGCCCUCAGUCCCAUUGGGGGGGAGGCAGAAUGGUGCCAUGGCGGAAGUUUGUCAGGAACUGGAGAGCGAACUGAAGAGCCUUCACCAGCAGUACAAGGAGACUGUGGAGCGGGCGGCCGCCGAAGAGAUCUCUGCGGAAGUGGUUGCCGCAGCGUUGAAUCGCCUCGCAAAACUCAUGGAUCGCAAGAAGGAGCAGAUUCAACUCAUUAAAGAAGCUCAGCGUGACAUGGCGGCGGCGGCGGGAACAGUAGUCGAUGUGCCGACGUCGCGCCCAACUGGCGCGUCGAAGCGGCGGCCACCUCCGGUAGGGUCAGACAAGGUCACACAGCGCAGUCUCAUUGUCAACGAGCUUCGCUCUUUGUUAUCACCGCAACAUUCGUAA